CACCAAAUGGAGGACAGAGAAGUUCCAACCAGCAGCUCAGCUGACCAGAUGAAAGUAGAAGCUGAUGAAGAGGACUGUGGGGGAGCAGAAACCAGCAGGAACCCAGAUCUAAAUCCUCAUGAAGAUGCUUCUAGCUCUUCAGAGACUGAAGUCAGUGAGGACGAUGAAGAGGACAAGGAUGGGAACAAUCCUGACUCUCAGCUGGAACACUUGUCAGACUCUGGGUCAACAACUGAAAACAGUGACAAAAACUGGAAGGAGAGCAGAUCUCCUGAGUCAGCUGUAAACUCUGUCAACAAAUGUUUCAGCUGCUCUGAGUGUGGUAAACAGUUUCUACACAACCAGUCACUUCAGAGACACUUGACAUGUCAUUCAACAGGAAGACAUUCAAGUUGUUUGGAUCAGAAGAAUAGUGUAGAGUCAGACAGGAAAGUCAAGACAGGACCAAAGUCAUUUAGUUGUGAUGAAUGUGGCAAAAAAUUUAACCGUGACAGAAAUUUAACAGCACACAUGAGAGUCCACACAGGAGAGAAACCUUAUGAAUGUCAGAAUUGUGGACAUAGAUUUAGCCAAAAGUCAAAUUUAAAUUCGCACAUGAGAAUCCACACAGGAGCAAAACCAUAUAAAUGUGAGAUUUGUGGACAAAGAUUUAACUAUAAAUACCAUUUAAAUGGACAUAUGUUUCUCCAUACAGGACAGAACCCAUAUAAAUGUGAGAUCUGCGGACAUCGAGCUAGCCGUAAGUCACGUUUAAACUCACACAUGAGAAUCCACACAGGACAAAAACCUUAUGAAUGUGAGAUUUGUAGACAGAAAUUUAGCCACAAGUCAAGUUUAAACACGCACAUGAGAGUCCACACAGGACAGAAACCUUAUGAAUGUGAGAUUUGUGGACAAAAAUUUAUGUAUAAAUACCAUUUAAAUGGACACAUGUAUCUCCAUACAGGACAGAAGCCAUUUAAAUGUGAGAUUUGCGGACAUCUUACUAACCAGAAGUCAAAUUUGAACUCGCACAUGAGAGUCCACACAGGACAGAAACCUUAUGAAUGUCAGAAUUGUGGACAGAGAUUUAGCCAAAAGACAAGUUUAAACUUACACAUGAGAGUCCACACAGGACAGAAACCUUAUGAAUGUCAGAAUUGUGGACAGAGAUUUAGCCAGAAGUCAAAUUUAAUCUCACACACAAGAGUCCACACAGGACAGAAACCUUAUGAAUGUCAGAAUUGUGGACAGAGAUUUAGCCAUAAGUCAAGUUUAAAGUCACACAUUAGAAUCCACACAGAAGCAAAACCAUAUGAAUGUGAGUUUUGUGGGCAAAGAUUUAGGCAAACAACAGAUUUAAGCUUUCACAUGAGUGUCCAUACUAGACAGGAACUACUUAAAUGUGAGCUUUGUGGACAAAGGUUCAGCCAUGAGAUAACUUUGAACUUACACAUGACUGUCCACACAGGAAAGAUGCCGUUUGAAUUUGAGGAUUGUUGA